AUGGAAAUUGUCCGACCUCACAGUCAUAGGAACUUGUUUUCCAGUAACGACGCCGCCGCAUCUGCUCCAACUAUUCCCCUAUAUCGCUCUGCUCCGCCACUCGAAGUCAGACUCGAAGAUUUCGAGUCUUUCGCCAUCGAUCGCCUCCGAGUUCUGAAAGGAAUAUCUGAUGGUUUGUCAAGAGGAAAGAAACCAGAUGAAAUGGAAAAAUUGGUGAACGAACUGUGGAAAGUGAACAUGAGACAUCAGCAUGCUUCUGAGGUUUUGAACAAGGAUAUUAUAUCUCAUUUUGUUUUGCGUUUAGUGUAUUGCAGAACGGAGGACUUGAGGAAAUGGUUUCUCUCCAUGGAAUGUGCACUUUUUCGCUACCGUUUUCGUUUUCUAACUACUGAAGCUCAGAGGGCAAUCAUGGAUGAAUUUGACAUAACUUGCAAGGCUGUUAACAUUACAGAAUUUGAGAGCAUUAAAGAGAAAUUGGGACAAGUUGCACGUUCCAUGGCUCAGCCUUUACCUACAGGCGAUGCAAUCUUUUACAAGGUACCAUUUGAAGAUGUUCCAGAACUUGUUGCUGGGCGUAGAGUGUUGUUAAGUCAAGGAUAUGCUUAUGUUGCAAUGAAUCAGGUUGUUUCACUUGUAGCCACUCUAUUCCGUAGUCAGUUGUCAAAGACACUCAUCCUUACAAACAGAAAAUGGACAUCUUCUAUCAGAGAACAGGAGAAACAUAGGUUGACUCCGAUUGUGGAAGCCUUGUGCUCAAGUUAUUUAGGUCCUGAUUUUUCUCAGCCUAGGGAAAAUGCUGAGAUAUCUUUAAAGGACAUUGAUCAACUUGCCAAGACCUCAUUUCCUUUGUGCAUGCGUCACCAGUUUGACAAGCUGAAAGAGGACCAUCAUUUAAAGCACGGUGGGAGGAUGCAACUAGGCCUCUUUCUCAAGGGUGUUGGUUUGAACCUGGAUGAUGCACUUGCAUUUUGGAGAGCCGAGUUCUCUAAGAAGGUUGGUUUGGAAAAGUUUGAGAAAGAAUAUGCAUAUACGAUUCGCCAUAAUUAUGGAAAGGAAGGGAAGAGAACUGAUUAUACUCCCUAUUCUUGUUAUAAAAUUAUUUCAUCAACGCCCGGUGCUGGAGAUCAUCAUGGUUGCCCCUAUCGACACUUCAGUGAAGAGAAUCUAAGAGCUGCUCUCAGCCGAAUGGGGGUGAACAGUCGAGCAAUGGAAGAUGUCAUGAACAAAGUGCGAAAUAGACAUUAUCAGUUAGCAUGCACCUUAACCUUUGAAGCUCUUCACGGCGUGCCAUGUGAUGCUGGGAUUAACCAUCCAAAUCAAUAUUUCAAUGACAGUCAAAAGAUAUUGCAGCCAAAGAAGGACUCUUCAACCUAA